AUGGACCAAAGAUUCUUAGCUAAGGCAAGACUCUUGCUGGCCAACAAAAACAUGGCCUAUUGCCAUACUCUCCUGGUAACCUUUCCAGGGCAAGGACAAAUCAAUCCAGCCCUUCAAUUAGCCAAAUCCCUACUCAAAAUGGGAGUCAAGAAAGUCACCUUUUCAACUAGUAUUUCAGCAACUCGAAGCAUGGUCAAACUAGCCGGUUCAUUGCCAGAAGAUUUAAGCAUUGUUCCUUUCUCUGAUGGCUAUGACAGUGGCUUUGCCUGGGGUUAUGAUGAUAUUGGAGAUUUUAUCUCUUCUCUGAUUUCUAAUGGUUCUCAUGCCAUUAAGGAACUUAUCAUGGCCAAAGCCAAUGAGUGCCAUCCGAUCACUCAUGUGGUCUACACUCCAUUCAUGUCUUGGGUACUUAAAAUUUGUUAUGAAUAUGGAAUUUCAGCCACCUUUUUCUGGAUUCAACCUGCUGCUGUUUUGGAUAUAUACUUCUAUUAUUUCAAUGGAUACAGGGAGAAAAUUGAAAACUUUAUGAGAGGCGAUAUCAUUGAAUUAACAUGGCUGCCAUUGCUCAGUGAUUGUGAUUUACCCUCCUUCUUGCUGGAUCCCUCCCCUGAAGUGAACAGGAUUGCUGUAAGAGAGCUGAAGGACCAUCUACAGCUGCUUGAAAAGGAAGAAAAUGCUACAAUUCUUGUAAACAGUUUUGAUGGUCUAGAGUAUGAGGCUUUAAGGGCUAUGAAGAAGUUUAAAAUGAUGGCUAUAGGGCCUUUAGUCCCUUCAGAAUUUUUGGAUGGUAAAUAUCCUUUGGGUGUUUCUUUUGGAGGUGAUAUGCUGCCUACAUUGAAAGAUUAUGUCAAAUGGAUGAAUUCGAAGCAUGAGGGAUCUUUGGUUUAUGUAGCAUUUGGGAGCUACUCAGAAUUGUCUAUGAAACAGAUGGAGCAGAUUGCACAUGGUUUGUUGGAAAGCCAGAAGACAUUUUUGUGGGUGAUUAGAACAUCAUAUAGUGGUGAGAAAUUGGAGGAGAAGUUAAGCUGUAAAGAUGAAUUGGAAAAGCAAGGAAUGAUAGUUCCAUGGUGUUCACAAAUGGAGGUUCUAUCACACCCUUGUGUGGGAUGUUUUGUGACUCAUUGUGGAUGGAAUUCAUCUUUGGAGAGUAUGGUUGCUGGGGUACCCGUUGUGGCAGUUCCACUUUGGAAUGAUCAAGCUACAAAUGCAAAGUUUAUUCAAGAUGUUUGGAAGAUUGGUGUAAGAGCUAUUGCAAAUGAUGGAGGAGUUUUUGAGGCUAAUGAAAUUAAGAGAUGCAUAGAGCUUGUCAUGGAUGGUGGAAAGAUAGGUGAAGAAAUGAGAAUCAAUGCUAAAAAAUGGCAGGGCUUGGCUAGAGAAGCUGCCAAAGAUGGAGGUCCAUCUAACAUGAAUCUUAGGACAUUCGUGAAUGAGCUUGGAGAUGGUGUUACUAAAACUACUAUCUGA